CUGCCCCUGCGCCCGCCGCCGCCGCCGCCACCACCGCCACCGCUCGGCCCCGCGCGCGCAGGAGGCUCGAGCGCCCGGGAGCUCGCGGGCCUCGCCGCCGCCGGGCGCCCCCGCCGCCCUCCUCCCGCCCCCCAGGCUCCGCCGCCGCCACCGCCUUCUCCCGCGGCUCCCGCGGCCCGGCUCCUUUCACUUCGGGCGAGGGGAGGGAGGAGGGGGGACGAGGGACCCGAGGGCUCCUCGGGACGAGUGGAACAUCGCGGGGUGACUGGGCUUAACCCCCCCCCCCCAACUUCUUUGCAAAACGCCCAAAACAAAACCGCGAUCGGCGGAGCCGGCCCCCGGCGCCCUCGCUUCACCUCGCCGGCCGCCACCGAGGGCAGUUCGGAUGUCCGGUUUCCUGUGAGGCUCAUACCUGACACCCAGAGCCUCUCCCCGGCGCGGGCUGCCAUAUCCGAGGGCAAAAGUUGGGAGCCGCCGAGCCCCGGGAGACGCUCGCCCAGGGGGGGUCCCUGGGAGGAAAGCACAGGACUGGGACGUGGAGCGGACCUCAGCCUCGCGCCCCAGCCUGCGCCAGCCAGCGGACCGGCCUCCCUGCUCCCGGUCCAUCCACCAUGCACUUGCUGUGCUUCUUGUCUCUGGCUUGUUCCCUGCUCGCCGCUGCGCUGAUCCCGGGUCCGCGCGAGGCGCCCGCCACCGUCGCCGCCUUCGAGUCCGGACUGGGCUUCUCCCAAGCUGAGCCCGACGGGGGCGAGGUCAAGGCUUUCGAAGGCAAAGACCUGGAGGAGCAGUUGCGGUCUGUGUCCAGCGUAGAUGAGCUCAUGUCUGUCCUGUACCCAGACUACUGGAAAAUGUACAAGUGCCAGCUGAGGAAAGGCGGCUGGCAGCAGCCCACCCUCAACACAAGGACAGGGGACACUGUAAAAUUUGCUGCUGCACAUUAUAACACAGAGAUCCUGAAAAGUAUUGAUAAUGAGUGGAGAAAGACUCAAUGCAUGCCACGUGAGGUGUGUAUAGAUGUGGGGAAGGAGUUUGGAGCAGCCACAAACACCUUCUUUAAACCUCCAUGUGUGUCCGUCUACAGAUGUGGGGGUUGCUGCAACAGCGAGGGGCUGCAAUGCAUGAACACCAGCACAGGUUACCUCAGCAAGACGUUGUUUGAAAUUACAGUGCCUCUCUCUCAAGGCCCCAAACCAGUCACAAUCAGUUUUGCCAAUCACACUUCCUGCCGGUGCAUGUCUAAACUGGACGUUUACAGACAAGUUCACUCAAUUAUUAGACGUUCUCUGCCAGCAACAUUACCACAGUGUCAGGCAGCUAACAAGACUUGUCCAGCAAACUAUGUGUGGAACAACUACAUGUGCCGAUGCCUGGCUCAGCAGGAUUUCAUCUUUUAUUCAAAUGUUGAGGAUGACUCAACCAAUGGAUUCCAUGAUGUCUGUGGACCCAACAAGGAGCUGGAUGAAGACACUUGCCAGUGUGUCUGCAAGGGAGGGCUUCGGCCAUCCAGUUGUGGACCUCACAAAGAACUAGAUAGAGACUCAUGCCAGUGUGUCUGUAAAAACAAACUUUUCCCUAAUUCCUGCGGAGCCAACAGGGAAUUCGAUGAGAACACAUGCCAAUGUGUGUGUAAAAGAACGUGUCCAAGAAAUCAACCCCUGAAUCCCGGGAAAUGCGCCUGUGAAUGUACAGAAAACCAACAGAAGUGCUUCCUAAAAGGAAAGAAGUUUCACCAUCAAACAUGCAGUUGUUACAGAAGACCAUGUGCAAAUCGACUGAAGCACUGUGAUCCAGGACUGUCGUUUAGUGAAGAAGUGUGUCGCUGUGUCCCAUCAUAUUGGAAAAGACCACAUCUGAACUAAGAUCAUACCAGUUUUCAGUCCAUCAUUUUACUGUCUUGAAGAACUGUUACCACGUUAGAACUGUCUAUGCACAGAAAGACUGUGGGACCAUGGUAACAGAGGCCCAAGUCUGUGUUUCCUGAACCAUGUGGAUUACUGCAAGAAAGAACUGGCACUCAAGUGCAAAGAAACCUCCUCAAAGACUGGUUUUCUGCCAGGGACCAGACAGCUGAGGCUUUUCUCUUGUGAUUUAAAAAACGAAAAAAAAAAUGACUAUAUAAUUUAUUUCCACUAAAAAUAUUGUUCCUGCAUUCAUUUUUAUAGCAAUAACAAUUGGUAAAGCUCACUGUGAUCAGUAUUUUUAUAACAUGCAAAACUAUGUUUAA